UAAAAAAUUGUCGUAUUACAAGCAUCGAGAUGCUUCGAGUGAUCGAACAAACCAAAAUCAACAACAAUUCAAUUACUCGUUUCUGCAAUGCAGAAGAGGUUGACAGUUGUGUUGAAGACGACGGCCAGAAUGAUAGGGCCGAAAAUGUGCGUAUGUGUUGUGAGAUGAUGGCCUGCUCAAUACGUCUUGACAGAGCGUAUUUAGUGUGUCAACCUUACGCUGUUGAUAUUAUGAUCAAAGUGUACCGAAAGGCAACGCAGUGAAAAUAGGGUUCGCAAGUCUACUUACAGAAAUCCUGAUGUCAAGAAUCAAAAUAUUCGUUGCGUGCAAUAGGUUACCAUCAGUUGAAAUCGUCCGUUGCUUCCAGGAGCUGAGUGUGCUUGACCAGGGAGGAAAAGCAAAACUAAGUGUUUAUUUGUGUUUAAUUACCAUCCGGAAAGCUUCCGACCAAACCUGAUAUGAAACUUUUAUGCCAAAGCUAAUGAUUGAAGGGAACGUGGUUGUAGUGAAACAAACUAACAGUGAAAAUGUUUUCUCGGCAAAUUAUAAACACCUUUGCGAAGGUGAAUGAGCGUGAAAUUAUUCGCUUUGCCAGCAAUUAACCACCAUCAAAAGUGUGCUCAGCAGUGAACUGACCGUGUGUACGUGUGACCUUGUUGUUCAUAAGUGAGUACGAGGAUUGGGAUUGAAACGGAAUAUAAAAAAAAAUGAUUCCCGUGCAGAGAAGUGAAACGCUAACACCGAUUGUAGCGUUUGGGCAGAAGUGUGUGGUGGAGGAUACGAUCAGUGAUCCUUGUUAGAGAAGAGAUGUGCAUUUCGGUUCGUGGUUGUUUGAGUGUGUGUCAUCAGUUGUGCGUUGGCUGCUGGCCUUCCAUCGUUUACUGUUGACGUCAAGGUGCGACUAUUUGGUGUGAACGAGCAUAGUAAUAAUCAUAUCCGUUCGAGCUGGCGGGCGGCAUGAUGGAAAGAUUGCUCUCGCGAUGGAACCCCACCGGACAGUCUUCGAAGCCGUUGUUUAUACGAUAAGGCCAACAAUACUGCAGCGCGCUCCCACGAACCUUUUAGAAGGAACAAGUGUCACAGGCCGUUCCACUGGCUUCAACGCCGUCAAACGCCGCUGGAGCAUAGCAAUCCCGGCUGCGGGAACCAACCACGAAAGCAGACGGGGAAGCGUAGUAAAAAUAGCUUGUACUGGAGCACCACCAUCGACGGCAGCAGGAUGGGUGGCUUUCCGUUUGAGCGAACGACGGUUGACAGCUUUCUGUCACGCUACACGACGGAGACAUCGAUACCGACCGCAACGACGACGGUCACGGCCGUGGAAGAGCUAUUCUUCAACGUCACAUCGUCAUCCGACUCGCUACCCACCGCCAACGGGACGCUGGAAGUCCUGGUGGAGGAUCCACCGACCUAUUCGCUAGCUCAGAUCAUCAUCCUCGGCAUCAUCGCGACCGUACUCAGUAUCCUCACCGUCGCUGGCAAUGUGAUGGUGAUGAUCUCGUUCAAAAUCGACAAACAGCUGCAAACGAUCAGUAACUAUUUUUUGUUCUCACUCGCCAUUGCCGACUUUGCGAUCGGGCUGAUCUCGAUGCCACUGUUCUCGGUCACUACGCUGCUGGGAUACUGGCCACUGGGACCACAUAUCUGUGACACCUGGCUAGCGCUGGACUAUCUAGCAUCCAAUGCUUCUGUGCUGAAUCUACUGAUCAUCAGCUUCGAUCGCUACUUUAGCGUGACGCGGCCACUGACCUAUCGAGCGAAGCGCACGACUACAAGGGCGGCCAUAAUGAUCGGUGCAGCGUGGGGCAUAAGCUUACUGCUGUGGCCACCCUGGAUCUAUAGCUGGCCGUACAUAGAGGGCAAGCGUACAGUGCCCGAGAAAGAGUGUUAUAUUCAAUUCAUCGAGACCAAUCACUACAUUACGUUCGGUACGGCGAUCGCUGCGUUUUACGUGCCGGUUACCGUGAUGUGCUUCCUUUACUAUCGGAUAUGGCGCGAAACGAAGAAGCGACAGAAAGAGUUGAAAAAUCUUACCGGUGACCGGAAGAAAGAUUCAUCCAAGCGGUCCAACUCAAGUGACGAAAACACAGCCGUCAACCAUUCGGGGGGUCACGUAUUGCCUGCUAGCGUUGCCGAGGAUGGCUGGCGAAGACCUCGCAGUGAGUCUUCAGCGGACGCGGAAAGCGUUUACAUGACCAAUGCCGUCCUUCCGGACGGUGCCUACGGACACGGCAUGCUAUCCCGACGAUCAAGCAUCACCAUGAACGGAGUCCCGAAAAAGCCGACCACCUUCUUCGGCGGCAUCAAAGAGUGGUGCAUCGCGUGGUGGCAUUCCGGGCGCGAAGACUCCGACGACUACGGGUAUGACGUCGAGGAACCGUCGGACUUAGGGUAUGCAACACCUGUAUCCAUAGAAACUCCCCUACCAAGCUCAGUCACCAGAUGCACCUCACUGAACGUGAUCCGUGAUCCAUAUGUGGCCGGCAGUGGCGGCCGUAGUAACGUUGUCAGCAUGAUACCGGACAUUUCGCCCACUCCGAUACGCCCUGCUCUGCCACCGCUGGCCCAUCUGCAAGACAUGCACGGUGCACGGGAUUCUCGCUCGCUGCCGAACAGCAACCGGUUAGGAUCGCGGUCAGUCAGCCAGGACUCCGUGUACACCAUCCUCAUCCGACUGCCACCCGAGGGUGGAUCGGGUGACGAGCGGGCACCCUCGAUCAAGAUGAUACAGGACGACGUACCGAUGUCGAUGACGGUACCACCGAGACGUCCGCUACCGUCGCGCGAUUCCGAUUACAUUAUACCGGUAGCGACACGGCGCCAAUCAACCGCAACCACAGACUUCCGGUUACCGCUCUCGGCAAAGAUCAUCUCCAAACCGCUGUCGAAGCAGCAGCAGCAACUGCACCAGGCAAACCUUGCCCAAACCGCCCGCCAAGUGAAGAAGAAAAAAAAGUCCCAGGAGAAGCGCCAGGAAACGAAGGCCGCCAAAACGCUGUCCGCCAUCCUGCUGAGCUUCAUCAUCACCUGGACACCGUACAACAUCCUGGUGCUGCUGAAGCCACUUACCGCGUGCACCAAGUGUAUACCGCAGGAGCUGUGGGACUUUUUCUACGCACUUUGCUACAUCAACUCGACCAUCAACCCAGUCUGCUACGCCCUCUGCAAUGCUUCGUUCCGGCGGACGUACGUGCGCAUUCUUACCUGCAAGUGGCACACGCGUAACCGGGAAGCGAUGACGCGGGGUGUCUACAACUAAACGGUGUCAAGCGGUUAGUUUUUAUCAACCAAAAAAUAAUCACCAAUCAAUUUUGAGGGUGUUGGAGUAUUGGAGAUAGAUUUAUUCUAUUAGUGCAGGGUCAUGUUUUGGUUGGGUGUCCUGGGAUGAUUGCGUUGGGAUGUUUAGUUCGUGUCGAAAUGGCCAAAAACAAUGAUGAGCUCUUUGAUGUUUAUUCUGGGGUGGUCCCGUGGUACAGUCGUCAAUGUCCGUCGUGGGCUCAAGCCUAAAAAAACAUGUACUCCCGUAGCAUUGACUGUGUGACUAUUGGUGACUGUGUGGCUGCGUCGUCCUGAAUAAGUCUCGAAAUCCUGUAUGGGCCGGCAUGUCCGCGUGGGACGUUACGUCAAAUAGAAGUCUAAAGCACAUACUGUGUUUUGUACGGUUUUUCUUAGAAAAUUCCAUGGUACCGAUGAUCGAUUCUCAAUAAGUUGAAUACUAAAACAACUAUUGCAAUUAACUUGAGGAAAAUGUAAAAUCCUUGCAUAUGAUUUCUAUUGUACAAACAAACAAAACAUAUGUUUCUAGUGACUGAUCGUGUAGUGAACCGUAAUGAAAGCAAAUUAGUCUGUAAUAUGUGAUAUCUACCUUUGAUUUCUGCUCAAAAACUGGACUCAGCGUCCAUAAGAAAAAACACGGUAACUUUUUCUUCAUUCUAUCCUUACCCCAGACCGGAUAUCAAUCGACUUCCGAUGCCUCCGUUUUCGAGACAGCACGAGCCUGCCGGGCGUCCCCGUUUGACCUUCGGUGACAGUUAAGCCCCGGCCAUCAGUCAGCUUCAGGCGCCUUUUUCCGACGGACACACGGUUGUUGUAGAUUUCUAAUAAGCAAGACUACGCGAAACGGAAGUCAAACCGUUUGUUGUUGCUGCUGCUGCUGCUGCUGUGUCCCCAAGGAGCGUCAAGCUUCAACCGGAUACGAAAUCUCUUCCAUGGCUUUGCUACUGCUGAGCCAAUUUAAUUCUCACUUGCUCCUGUUUCUAGCCUGUGUUUUCCUAAAUAAUUCUCAUUUCCCACACCUCAACCCCUGCCCGCCCCAGUGCGGCUGCGAUUCUUUUUCCCAAAAUCUUGUGCGCUUUGCGUGCCGUUCCGGUCGGUGCCUUUGUGUUUGUGGCUGUUGCGUGUUUAAUUAAGAUUAAUGAGUGUAUUUGCUUUACUGUUCUCGGCAUACAAGUUGACUGUUUCUCUAACUGUUAAUAUGAACAAAACAGAAGAAAAACGUGGUAAAGGGAUAAGCUGAGCCAUGGUGGGUAGUGCCUGUGGUAAAAGAGGAUGAUGGGCGAGAAGCUAAGGUUCCUCUUUGCAUCCUUCCAUGUACGCUGCUACGGCGGCGGGAGAUUCCAUUGGGGAAUAGGAAAAGUUCACUGCAGACCGAGCAAUUUUCGCUAGAACGAGACGCUUGGUCACUAUGUCUCACUUAAGACUAGAGCGUAAGGUAAAAAAUAUACAGACCAACCAUCUUAGCUGUGCGUAUGUGUGCACACGCACUGCAGGAUUGGGAAAGCUCAUAAGCAUAAAGCGAGAGAUUUGGGAAUGUUUCUCAGAUGUUAAUUACAUUAAAUCUCAAUGUACAUCUCUGAAUACAUGAGUAAUCGCACACAGAUAAAGUUUUCCUGGUAAUGUCAAUGUUGGCACACGCAGGUUGGAAAGUCGUGACACAUACACACGCACCAUGUGGUGACGAUUAUUUAAAAAGGGACACCCCGUGGGGGAAUGGUUUUAGUGCUUUGCACAAUGAUUGUGUUCUAAUUUAGAACAUUUGCUGUAAAUCAACACAAACAUAUUUGUGAAACUUUUGUGUAAUAGUUGAUCGUUUGCGUUGAGUGCUCAUUUGUUUUUGGCUCCUAUACGUGAUAGGAUAGACAGCAGGGUACACAAUAUUUUCACGGUUCAGCAGAUUUCCUACAGAUUUUUGUAUAAUAUCAUUCGAUCCAUUGUUAUCGGAUCGAACUUACAUUGAAGAGAUACUAAAGAGGCAACUAUUUUUAAAUUACCAAACUGUAAUUACCAACAUAUUUAGUAUCAUAGGGAAUUGUUUGCGCAUAGAUCGUUCUGCUGGCUUUGGCCAUCAUGCAUAAAAUUGGUAACACAAUACUUCAAAAAGCAUCGCAUGAGAUAGUUGAUAGCGUCUUUUUUAAAUUGUUGGAACUGUGUUGAGUUAGGAAGUUGUAGUGUGACGUAUUGUGAAGCUCUUCAGGACAUUCCAGGACACCGAUAAAACAAAAUACAAAAGUUCUUAGUUUAGGUAUAGCACAUUGAACGAUAACAAAGCAAAACACAAAAACAAAACUCUGUAACAGUUAAGCUUGAUGAGUAACAAUGGUUAAAACGGUAAACGAACAUCGAUAUCAUCUUGAAGAAAAGCAUCCUAAAUGGCGAUUGUAUGUUUUACGGCCUAAAUAAAGUUAGUAACGACACAACAUUUACAUACACUUUCGUGAGCAUGGAAUGCCAUAACAUCCAAUGCACCAAACAAACAGUUUACCAUUACUUCUCACAAGCACAAACGGUGCACAAUCACAUGAUGGCGUUGCGUUAUUAUUCUCCUGCUACGUUACGGCGUUAGAUAGGCGUUUGAAUCUUCUGAGUGUGUGUGAGAGAGAGAAAGAGGGAGAGAAAAAGAGAGUGAGCGAGUGUGAGAGAGAGCGAUGGAGAGAUAUAGAGAUAGAGAGAGAGAGCGAGAGUGCGUUGAAUUGAUACGCGAAGUAUCAAUUAAGGCAGUGGUUAAUUUUUAAUCAGUUAAUCGUGCGCGCAACGUGUUGAGUUGAGUUUGAACACUCUCUAUAUACAUCUUUGGACAGCAAACAUACACUAUUGUAGCAAGGUAGAAACCAGGAACUUUAUCGUAUGUAAAUCACUAGCACUCACGCAACGCGUAGAAUGAACUGUACUAGCGAUGAUUUAAAAUAAAAACAUACCAAAACACACACAGUAGAUCAGAUAGGAAGGUGACGAAAACCAAACCGUUCAACACGGCGACAAACAAUGUAAUUAGCUACAGACAUGUAAACGGUAGCGAUAGUAGUCUGCAAAUAGUAGAACCAUUUCAUCGUCAAAAAAUAGUACCAAUCUCAUAACAUUCAUUAGCGCAUUAGGUGCGGACAUAGACAUUGCUAAUUUAGUCGCAAAAAAACCUAGUGCGUAGACAAACUAAUAUCGACGGUCAGUAGUACCGGUAACGCUGCAAAUAUAGCCACUGUAAAACGGUGACCACACACACAAUUGAAACAUUGCUCACGGAUUAGGGAAAAGAGGGAUGCGGCGGAAUGCCGUCGUCAUCGUCAUCAUUGUCGAACGCGCUCGAACAAAAGGAACCCUCGAACGGUCCGAGUCGUUGGUGAAGGUUGCACUCUGUAAGAGAUUGCAAGGAAGCUAAUGUUUUUGACUUACGGUCACCGCUACCACACAGAUCAGAGAGGCCUGAAAUCGAGCGCGUUCAAGGAUUAGAAGAUAGUAAUUGAUAUGUGGAAAAAAGAAACCAAACAAAACGAACCAAAUGUUGACUUUAAGCAAAUGGAAUUAAUGUGUAGGAUUUUUUGUACAGAAAAUUGUGACCUAUCCGCGAAAUGUUUUACCUUUAUCAGAUUUAUCGUAAAGCUAAAUUUUCUGUUGCCUUUUUCCGUGGUGGAGAUUUUCAUACUGCCUGUAAGCAUUGUGUGCAAUGUUUCAUGCGAUUUGUUGAUUAACAUUGUACACAAGAUUGCAAGAUUCACAUCAAAAUAGUAUUAACGCUUCGUAACGCUUCGUAACGCUUUCCGUUUCUUCUUGGCCUCAUUUCAUAUUCCUCACAGUAUACCACACAAUCAUUACCGCAAGUAAAAGAAGAUAUUAAACGAUUCAGUAUUAGGAAAAGCUAAUAUAAAAACUGUAACGACAACAACACACAGGCGAUAACAAUGUAGGGAAAGCAUAAUUUCGCACAGAGUACGAAAACGUUAUAUAUUAUUCAGCAGACAAUAAAUAAAUUUAAUGUAAGUCAACUAACUUUGUAAUGUAGCACAAAUGAUGGGAGAAGUUGAAGGACGUUCUAUUUCGAAAUGUGUAAUGAACAUUGGUUAAACGUGAAGAGGUUCUAUUUCGUCGGGCACUGUAAUGAAAACCACAAGGACACAAAGCUGUACAACAACAUUAACAUUUGCAACAAAAACAAACUAGUUGCAACAAAAAAAAAAAAACAAUACAUACAAUCAUAAUCAGAAUGUAUGCUAGUAUGUGUGUGUGAGAGAGACAGAGAGAUAGAGAGAGAAAGGAAAACAAAAGGUAAAAUAAUGAACGAAACUACAAAAAACCCCGUAUGAUAAAAACACUAGCGUAAAAAGAACAUAAUAGAAGAGAACGAAACAAACAGCAGCACAACAGAGUAAAUCAAGCGCAAUGGAGACGCUACAAUGCAGCACCCUAGAUAAACUAAAACAGUGAGAUCAAACAAAUAUCGUUUAUAAAUACUAUACCACUUGUACUAAACACCGUUUGGGAUUGUUCUUUUUACAGAGCACAUAUAUACACGAGCGAAAAGCUAGCACGGUGGAUGUGUGGAAGGUUGAUUGGUCGGUAAAACGAUCGUAGAACGCAACACGAUCACAUGGAAAUCAACACCAGAUCGUACCGCAAGUUAGGCUAGAGACUGUGCAUUUCAAGAAGCGGAGCUUACUCUAGGCACGUAGUCCGUAAGUGUGUACGUAAGUGUGUAUGUACGCGUAUUUAUAUUAUAUAUGUAUAUGUGUGUGUGUGCGUGUAUUUUGUCGGUGUAUUAGCGUAAACAAAAAACAACAUCCUCCCUGAUGAAGCAAAGUCACAGUGAGAGAGCAAAAUGUCUCAUUUAGGACAUUUUAAGGGGAGCUGAAAUUCUACAACAAACUUACCUAAAGGAGUGAAGGUUUUAGUGUAUUUAACAGAUUUAGCUAACGAUGGUGUAGCGCAUGGGUAUGAAAGUGAGAUUUGAUGGUUUUUCCAUUACCAGAAAUUUGCUGCUGGACCAAGCAACCAACUUAACGAAUAAGUUAUUUUGUGUUUUUCCUGUUUUUUCAGUACCGGCAUUUCUUUCUACGGACAGAAAGAGAACGGUGGUAAUAAAACAUAAUCAUCUAAAAUGAGAAAAAAAUCAUUUCAUCCCUCGAAACGCUUUCACACUAUUUCGCUUCUUUUGAAGGAACAAGCAGAAAAGAACGCGAAAAAAGUGCAUAAAAAAUACUCAAGUCAGAAAAUUCGUCAGCACUUACGCUCAAAGCCUCAAUGCAAGAAAUGAUUUAUGGUAUGGUUUUAUUAGAAUAUUUGUAUUGUGUUUUAAUUAAACCUCUACCUUUAGUGUACAUUAAAAACACUAACGUGUAAAAUUAUUAAUGACCAAAAUGGACUAGCUUCAUGAUGUAGAAUAUUUUUUACAGUAAUUGUAUAAUAAUAACGGAACGCAAUAUUAUUUCGAACGUUUUUUUUUUGCAGCUUUUGAUUGCUUUCGGGUGCAAUGGGACGGUUUUUUGCUCGUUACUCGUGUUAUCCUCGCGGCGUACGUUAUUGUUGCACCAGUGUCGAACUGAUUUCUAUCUGUAAUUGUAAAAAGAAGAAGAAGGAAUUCUUGGUAGUAGUGUGGAGCAAGGAAACUGGGGGAAUUUGAGUCCGUAUAUGGCAAAUAAAUCAAACUUAGACUGUAAGAGCAAGCAAACAGGUAUAAACAGAUGACCGAUUAGCAGACAACGGAGACAAACAGCAAAAGCAAGACAAACAGAAGUUAGGUACGGAUGGUUUGUUGUUAUUUUAUUUUGUUGAAUUAAACUACAAGCAAACCAGGAACCAUUUACUUUUUUACACAGUCAUAUUUCAUGAGCCAAAAUGAAAAAAAAAUAGUUGAAAAAAGGAGGACGAGAUGGUAUGUAAAAGUCAUUUUAUAUACAAACGAAAAACAGAAGAAAACUUAUUUAUUGUCUUAAGUGUUAUAGUCUUAAGUGUGUACAAGAGCCACUUAGUUUUUCAUUAAUGUUGGGCCUAAUCGUAGUGAAAUCAGUUUUCUGUAGUGAAUUCGUAGUGACAACGCGCAAAAAAACACGCUGCAUAUGUUAGGUAUGGUUUAAGAAAGUUUUCAGUUUUGAAAUGUUAACCUAAAGCAAAAAAAUAAUUUGUUCUGCAUAGUAAAGUACGUUUUAACAAGUACAGUAAGCUAAACAAGAAUAACUUACAAACGAUAAUGAUGCAUCCAAUAAACACGGAAACAGACAAAAAAAUAACGGAUAUAUUUAUAAUUUUGUCCUGCAACAGUUAAGAAGGAUAUAAAAUGUUGAUUAUUACAUAUAAGUUGAUGUGAUGUACUUUAAACAAAAGAUUACCAUGUUAAACAGCAUUUGAUAACGAUAAAAAGUCGACUUUUUUUCUCGCACAAAAGCAAUCAGUGAAGAUUACAUAGCUAAAUAAAAGAAACGAAACAAAACAGAAAAAAAAACAAUGAACCAGGUGUUACAGAUAUUUAAGAUCUAUCCAAACGCGCAUGUUUUCGUAUUUCCAUAUUCGUAUAUCUUUAUUGAACGCAACUGUUUGAUAUUUGUACCGUGCGUUAAUGGUAAAGUUAAUGGUAAUAGCUACUGUAUUUGAGACUCCUUUGGAUGGGAAGGAGGUGAUUAUAGCAGGGAUAUAUUCUUACAAUUAAUGAUAGAAUGCUUGAGAGCAAAAUUUGCAAUCCAAUAGGUUUCAGAAGACGUCGUAUUUUCGUGCCAGCUUUUUAAUACAUCGCUUAUCUCGGUCUUUCGCUCUACCUCUCUCUAUCUUACAGCUUUUAUUUCUCUCUUUAUCCUCUAAGUUUUUGUAUUUUUCUUCAAAUUAUCACACAAUUUCAUACAAAUGCUCAUCCUGUCCCUCACCGUGUACUUUCUGUAUAAUGAAACGUUUGCUCUUGCUCGAUAUUCAACUUUCCUUUCAAAUUUAAACACACGACCAUUGACGGCUUAAAUUAUUCUCUAAAGCCGAACGUUUCAAUCAAAGAAAACAAAAAGGAAACAAACGCAAAAGAAUGAGAAAAUCAAGUUUUGAAUCUGUUUCUGGUCGAAAGGUUUGUUAAGAGUACAAACAAAAACGUCUUGCAUCACACAUUUCCAACAAAUGAACAGGGCUAUAAAAAGAAAAGAAAAGAAAACUACACCCAAAAUGGACAGCCUAAGCUGAACAACGCGAAAUAAAACAAAUGGUCACCAACAAGUAGAAAACAGAACCGCAGGAAAUAAAAGUAUGCAGAUAGUUACUAAUCGUAUUAUCUAAGUGAAUGUCACAAUAGAAUCAAAUUGUAAAGAAAUCCCCACAUUACAUUACGCUCAUUCAUAAACGCACCCGUUUCAAUCUUCGUUUUUCUCCCAGUACCUUUUGGAACUGGCUUAAUUAGAACACCAUUCUCAAUAUGGUCAGAUUGAUGAGGAAUUGGAGAACAAUAUUUGUAGAAACGGAAACAAUCCAGGCAAUAAACACCUGUACCCGAUACCACACAUUUCUACGAUCACACUACAAAAGAGGAAAAUAAAACCGCCGAAUAAACUGUAUCAACCUUUUGCCACGAUUUCCUACGUAGAAACUGCACACGUGGUAACGAAGCACUGUGCAAUGCUAUAGAGAACGCGUGUACGUUUUUUUUUGUAAUAAACUGAUAAGAACUAACUAACAAUCUGGAAGCUCGCCAUUAGCAGUGACAGAAAAAUGUGAAAAGAUUUGAAACUUGGGAAUGAAAACAGAUGAGUGAGA